AUGGUGCAUCUAAUCGAGCAGGAUUUUGGAAAUCUUAAGGAUGAGACAGUGAAGAAAUACACUUGGGAAACAAAAACCGGAGCUAAGGUUUCCGUCAUCUCAUACGGCGCUAUACUUCAAUCUGUUUUGGUGCCUGAUAAAGUCGGCGAAUUGGGCGAUGUGGUGCUCGGCUUUGACGAUCUUCAGGGCUACGUGGAGCGAAACGACCCAUAUUUGGGCGCGACGGUGGGACGAUGCGCGAACAGAAUCAGGGAUGCGAGUUUCCAAAUAGACGGCGCCAUCUACCGGCUAGCGAAGAACGUAUCUGGUAGCGACCAUUUGCACGGCGGGCUGGUCGGCUUCGAUAAGGUCAACUGGAAUUCCACUGUGGACGGUACGAAAGUAGUGUUCACUUAUCUAUCAAAGGACGGCGAGGAGGGCUAUCCCGGGGACAUGAUUACCAGCGUCAUCUACGAAGUGACCGACGACGCCACAGUAAGGAUAGAGUUCGUCGCAACGACCACGAAGAAGACCGUCGUCAAUUUGACCAAUCACUCGUACUUCAAUCUAGCCGGCCACGACACCGGCUCCGACGAAGUAUACAAUCACGUGAUCUGUAUAAACGCAGACAAAAUCACGGAGACCACACCUCAGUCGAUACCAACUGGAGGUUUCGUUAAUGUCGGCGGCACUCCAUUCGAUCUGCGCACACCUAUACGUCUCGGUGACGCAAUGAGCCAAGGGCAGAACCUCUUCGACGACAACUUCUGUGUCAACACUUUUGGAAAUCAGGGCUUGAACUUCGUGUCGCGCGUCAUCCACCCCCGAAGCGGUCGCAGCAUGGAGGUGCACAGCGACCAGCCCGGCGUCCAGCUGUACACGUCCAACUUCCUCCCCGCCCCCGACCAGCCGGCCCUGGUGGGCAAGUCCGGUGCGGGCUACCGCCGCCAUGGCGCCUUCUGCCUGGAGACCCAGAACUACCCCGACGCGAUCCACCACCCCAAUUUCCCCACCCCCAUCCUGAAGCCGGGAGAAUUGUACAGGCACCGUGUGGCUUUCAGCUUCGGCGUGGAGAAGUAUUUGAACGCGCCGCAAGUGGUAAGCGCC